CCUGAAAAACACACAAAACAGCAGCAUUACAAAUGUUCAGUGUGGUAAAACUGACACUUGCCUCAAAAGGUUGCCUUUGUUGAGAAAUCCUUUAAAGAACAAAGAACAUCUGAAGUGGAAAUGAAUUAUUUCUCUAAUUUAGCAUCCAGCACAUGGUCUAUGAAGUCAUUACCAUGAGCAGGGGGGGCAAAGCAGGCCAUCUCAUUCUAAUUACUACCUCCUUUAAGAUUAGGUAGAAAUUCCUAAAAAUAAAAAUGUAAAAGUAGUUGAUAAUUACAUAGCUUAAAUUCAUUUUGCUAGGAAUGAGGCAAUAUUAUACCAGAAUACUAGCAUUUUAAACAGACUGAAAUAUAAACAGCAUGAUGUUAAACCAACCUAAGAAAUCUGUUCUAAUAACCAGUUUUGCUAACAACAUCAAGCCAGGUUUUUUUACAGAAUCAAUUACUGAAACUUCCACUUAUCUACCUUAUCACAAACUGUCACCAAAUCUGAAAAUUAACAUCUAUGUCCAUGAAUAUGAAAUUUCUAAAUGUGGGGACUAAAUAUUAGAGGGCACACACUGUCAUGAAUGAUUAAAGUUAUAAACCUAAACCUAAGUGGUAAACACCCCAUCUAAUACUAACUAAAAAAGUUCUAUUUAAGUCUUAGCUCCUUAUCAGAACAUAGAAUUCUGACCAAGUCACAUAUAACCUUAAUUCAUGGAAAGGAAGUCUCACCCAAACUAAGCCAAAAUUAUACAAAAUACAAAGCUCCACAUUCAGAAGACACGUCUAAAUCCCAAACUAAAAUUAUAUCUUCUCCCCUCAGCCACAGGAAGGGUUGCAAUUUCAGAAAAGAAACAAAGUAAGGUGACUAGAACUCCCAACACCCUGGGGAAAUGGUAAUCCUGGAAUAUCGCAACUGCCCAUCUCAAACAUACUGAAUCACACACAAAUACAGUGUGAACAUUUCAGUGAAUUUGCUUACUUCUAUACACUAUUCUUGACUACUUCCUUAUAAAUUAUUCAUUCCAUAGAUUAUGUGGAACUUUUGGCUUCCCUCUGCCAUUCAGUUUAUUUUGAGUGAUGUCCAACUUUCCUUCACCCUUUCAGUCAUAUCAUGUGUACAUGGAUAAAAACUGAUUCAAAUGGUAUCCAAACCCAAAAAAAUCAGGAAGAUAAUUUGGUGGGAAGAAAAAAUAUGAUAUACUUUAAAAAACCUGAGAUAAUUUGGCAAGUCCCUAUUGUUUUAUUUGUGUUGUGGCUGCUUUUCUUCAGUCAUUAAUGGUAGUAGGCUAUACCUCCCACUUCCUGAAAACCAACUCAGAUUGCCUGAGAAAGUUAGCAAUACCUGAACUGAUCAGAGACCAAAACUACAAUUCCCUUCGGAUGACGACCAUCAAUGCUUGCGCAAUGCAGAGAGGUCACAGUUCUGUCUGCCAGCAACGUUAACAGACAACAAACAAACUGGAUCCGUGGCCUAAGGAGUCUGCAAACUGGAAACCAAGGAGAACCCAAAGUGAUAUGAGACAAGUCCAAACGUUCAGAUUAGGAGAUAAAUUUUCAUUAUUUGAGGCAUGUCCUUGAUUAAAGUGAGACUAAAAAUGAGUUUUCUUACAAAGCAAGCAGAAUACUUUCACUAACUGUGAAAGGAAGAUGUUUCAGACUGAAAAGAGAUCGAGUUGGAUUUAUACAAUGCCUCUCCUCCUAAUGAGAUAAAAUAUAUAAAGGUUUUACAUUCGUUAAUUGGGUUUUACUUUAAAUCACUUAUAGCUGACUAGAAUGUACCCUUUUUAAAGAAAAAACAUGAUCUGUGAAAUGAUAGGUGGCUAGAAAGAGUAUCUGGUGAAAGACAUUUUGGGUGGAAAGCUCUUGUGAAAAAGGACCAUGUUUAAUGUUAUUUUAGACAAGUUUUAUUGUAUUGGGGCAAUAGUUUAUACAUAUAUAGGUAAUAAGUAAAUAAAAUAUUUAAUUAAUCUAAUAUUUUCCUACUAUGGUAACAGGCUUUGAAUUAAAUCAGUCAUCUUUCUAAAUAUUCUAGUUCUUCUAUUAAUAUUUGCUUUAUUAGGCUUGACCAAAAGGCAACAUUCUGAUUUUCAUACAUUCAAAUGAGUAGUGUUCCUUCCCUUUAGAUAGCAGCUCUGUAAAUCCACACUUUAAUUACUGUGAUAUUUUAUAGUUCAAAGAAUUUUUGAAAGUCCUAACUGGGACCUCCUUUCAGAGUUGUAAAAUAUUGUUUUAAUCCAAACAAAGUCUGAUUAGGAUGGGUAUGAUUUAUGUACUUUGAAAACGGACUUAGAUAAUUUAAGAGUUCCAACAAUAUUUGAGAACUAUCAACUGUAGUGGUGGGAAAACCUAAAAGCAGCACUACAGUUUUCUAAGAUGAGUAUACUAUGUAAAUACCCAAACUCUGGUUUAUAUGCCAACCACUUUCUUUUCUUUUUUCUUUUUUCUUUUUUUUUUACUUUAAAGCUCUCCACCUUUAUUGGAAUCUUCAAUCUUCCAAAUCUUUUUCUGUAAUGACACUAGUUUAGUUCUGGUCAUGUUGAAAGAAUAUGGGGCCUCCCCCAAUCUCCAUUUGUGAAAUUUACAUAUAAAACUAUACCUAUUUGGGGAAAAAUAAUACCUCCAACAUACAGCUUUAUUGCUCUGUAGCCUUUCAUAAGUAUUAUCUCAUUAUAUACUGCCUUUCACUAUUGUGAAGAAGGUAACAUUAUUUCCUUAUUAUAAAUUAGUAACAGAGAUUCAAAAGGGUAAACACAUUAAUUAUCCAUGAUUACAAAGAUACUGCAUAGGCAAUACUGCAUAGGGGGCCUGAAUUAGAUUUUAAGACAAAUUUUACUUUAAGCACCACAAUGGACACUGUAAAUUUGUACCAAUAAGAAGUACAAAUAAAUAACUUAUUAACAUAGCUUCUAAGUAGGUAAGAUACCGGAAAGCACAGCUAUUAUUUAAUAUCUCCUGUUUACAUCUUAAUUACCCUUGAUUCAUCAAGGUAAGCAUUUCUACCAAAACUCUGGAAUCAAAAGUUAUACUUCUUUGGGAAAGAACAACUGGGACAUCUUUCUAGUUUUCGCUUGUCUUCACCCUACUUAUCUUCUUGAAUAUUUGUUAAUUUUGGGCAAAACUCAUCAUCAUGAUUAAUAAUUUAAAAACAAGAAGUCUAUUAGGAUAGCUCCAAGUUCUACAACAGACGAGACUUCUGCUGCUACAGGACUUUGGUUUUCACUCCUUUAUUAAAACCUCGUUUCUGGGGGGUGCCUGGCUGGCUUAGUCAACAGAGCAUGUGACUCUUGAUCUCAGGGUUGUGAGUUCAAGUCCCCACACUGGGCACAGAGAUUACUUAAAAAAAAUAAAUAAAUUAAGAACUUCAUUUCUGAAUUUAAGAAACGCCACUUAUAGACACUUUCCAUAAAAAGAAUAACUGCAGAUUAGGAAAAUCUAAGUGGAGCUAUCCAUUACAUAGUUGCUAACACAAAAGAUUAAAUUUUAAAAUGUUAGGAUCAUCAGAUAAUAUUUCCUAAGAAUACCUAAGAAUGCUAACAGAUAAAAAUAGGAGUAAUGCCUGGACAAAGAGUUGACCCAAAAUAAGAAACUGUACAUCUGCUAUAUAUAAAGCAUUCAUUUCUUGUGAGACAAAUGCCAGUGAAACUAAUUUGCAGUCUCAGAGGAAGAAGCCAAAAAAUGAAGAGGGACUGAGAAAUCAGCACUCUGAGGAAGUGAAGUCACAUAUCCUGAAGAAUGUAAGGCUGGAAGAAAACUGGAUGACCAUCUUGAAAUGCAUGAAAGGACAGGGUAUAGCUAGUGCUAAGUUAUAAUCCAUCUUCACUAAGGAAACAAUGGCUCACUCAAGUCCAGUCAAGCAGGGUGCCCUGAGGCGGCUUAAGAGCCAAAUUCUAAGCUGUAUGGAUAAUCCAAAGCUCCUCCUUUAAAAAGGCUCCUGUGUCAGGUAACAUGCCCACAUACUAACAUAUAGAAAGGGACUGUCCUAUUCAAAACAGUAAAGGAAGUUGUUCAGGUAAGUCAACAUCUGGCUCUGCUACUUUGUGUGACAAGGAACACAAGGGAACAAAUUAUUUCUGCUGCUCCUUGAAGACUGAGGCAAUGUCACCUGGAUGGUCUCAAGGAAACAAGAGACAGGAGUAGAGCACCUGGCCUCCCCUUUGGGUAAUACUAACAUCUGGAAAAGCAGAUUCUCUGAUUCUUGGAAGAGAAGGAUUGGCAGAAGAGCCGAAAAUGACCAGGAAGAGGAUAUACUGGGUCCCCAGGUCUUCUGGUGGCCUCGUGAAUCUUGGCAUGGACAUGAGCAAUGACAUGGUUUCAGGACUCAGCUAUAAAACUUACACCCUAGAAGACAGCCCCUGGAGCCAGCAGGUGAGGAAGCCCGAGACACGAGGGACAGCAACAGAGCUCCAUUGGGGGAAGUAUGAUGCUGCCUGGAGAACCAUGAUUCCCUUCCGUCCCAAGCCACAGUUUCCUGCCCCUCAGCCCAUGGAUGAUGCUGGCCUCUUCUCCUACUUCACGUUGUCAUGGCUCACCCCACUCAUGGUCCUAGGUUUGCAGAGACGCUUAGAUGAGAACACCAUCCCCCAGCUGUCGGUCCAUGAUGCCUCAGACAAAAAUGCUAAAAGGCUCUGCCUCCUUUGGGAAGAAGAAGUCUCAAAGCAUGGGAUUGAAAAAGCUUCAGUGCUCCGAGUGAUGAUGAGGUUUCAAAGAACAAGGGCUAUUUUGGAUGUAUUUCUGUGUUGCUGCUUCUCUGCCAUGAGCGUGCUAGGGCCGAUGCUGGUUAUACCAAAGAUCCUGGAAUAUUCUGAAAAGCAGUCGGGGAGUAUUGCCUAUGGAGUAGGCCUCUGCUUUGCCCUCUUUCUCAUUGAGUGCAUGAAGUCCCUGUGUCUGUGUUCCUGCUGGGUCUUCAACCAGCGCACAGGCAUCAGGUUUCGUUCUGCUGUUUUCUCCUUUGCCUUUCAGAAACUAAUGCAAUUUAAGUCUCUAACACACGUCACCACAGGAGAGGCCAUCGGCUUCUUCGCCAGCGACGUAAACUACCUGUUUGAAGGAGUGUACUAUGGCCCCCUGAUCUGUCUCAUCUGCUCGUUGCUGAUUGCCUGCACUGUCACCUCCUACCUCAUUCUUGGACCCACUACACUCUCCGCCACUGUUUUCUACCUCCUGAUUUUACUAGUGGAGGUGUUCCUGAACAGAAAGAUUGUCAAGAUACACAAUCACACAUCUGAGGUCAGUGACCAACGCAUCUGUGUGACCAGUGAAGUUCUCACCUGCAUCAAGCUGAUUAAAAUGUAUGCAUGGGAGAAACCAUUUGAAAAAAUAAUUAAAGACCUCAGAAGGAAGGAAAGGAAACUAUUGGAGAAGUCUGGGGUCAUCCAGAGCCUGACCACUGCAGCCUUGUAUGUAGCCCCUACAGUGGCCACAACAGUGAUGUUCCUCAUCCACACGUGUUUACAAAGGAAACUCACAAUUUCACUAGCCUUCACAGUGAUAGCCACCAUGAAUCCCAUGCGGCUCUCAGUGUUCUUUGUGCCCUUUGCAAUAAAAGGUCUCACAAAUUCCAAGUCUGCAGCAGAGAGAUUCAAGAAAUUUUUCCUCCUGGAGAGCCCUGUUUUAUAUGUCCAGCCAUUGAAAGACCCCAGCAAUGCACUGGUUUUGGAGGAGGCCACCUUGUCAUGGCGAGACGCCUGCCCUGGGAUUGUCAAUGGAGCCUUGGAGCCGGAGAAGAAGGGGCACAUUCCCGAGGGGGUGACCAGGGCUCAGCCACCUCUAGGAGCCCUCAGGCCAGAGGACACAAAGGGCAGCCUAGCCCCAGAGUUGCACAAGUUAAACCUCGUGGUGUCAAAGGGGACCUUGUUGGGGGUCUGUGGCAACACUGGAAGUGGCAAGAGCAGCCUUUUGUCAGCCAUCCUGGGGGAGAUGCACUUGCUGGAGGGCUCAGUAGGGGUGCAUGGAAGCCUGGCUUAUGUCCCCCAGCAGGCCUGGAUCAUCAGGGCUAGCGUCAGGGAGAACAUCCUCAUGGGAGGCCAGUACGACAAGGCCCGGUACCUCCAGGUGCUCCAUUGCUGCUCCCUGAACCGGGACCUGGAAAUUCUGCCCUUUGGAGACAUGACAGAGAUUGGGGAGCGGGGCCUCAACCUCUCUGGAGGGCAGAAGCAGAGGAUCAGCCUGGCCCGCGCUGUCUACUCUGACCACGAGCUCUAUCUGCUGGACGACCCUCUAUCUGCUGUGGACACCCACGUGGGGAAGCACAUCUUUGAGGAGUGCAUUAAAAAGAUGCUUAGGGGGAAGACUGUCAUUCUGGUGACCCACCAGCUGCAGUAUUUAGCAUUUUGUGACCAGAUCAUUUUGCUAGAAGAUGGGAAAAUCUGUGAAAAAGGAAUUCAUAGUGAAUUAAUACAGAAAAAGGGACGAUACGCCCAACUCAUCCAGAACAUGCAGGGAGAAGCCACACAGGACCCACUGCAGGACACAGCAAGGACAGCAGAAGACUCUCAGGUGCAAGGGCAAGCCCAGACCACCUUCCAGGAAGAGUCUGUCUAUGAAAAUGCUGUGCUGGAAAAUCAGCUCACAAGGAAGGAGAAGAUGAAAGAAGGGUCCCUGAGAUGGAGUGUCUACCACCACUAUAUCCAGGCAACUGGAGGUUACAUGGCCUCUGCCAUUGUUGUCUUUCUCAUGAUGGGGAUUGUCUUCUUCACAGUCUUCAACUUCUGGUGGCUGAGCUAUUGGUUGCAGCAGGGCUCAGGGACCAAUAGCAGCCAAGAGAGCAAUGGAACAACAGCAGACCCAGGCGACAUACUGGACAACCCUCAGCUGCCAAUUUACCACCUGGUGUAUGGCCUCAGUGUGCUGUUGCUAAUCUGCACGGGUCUCUGCUUCUCGAAGGCCUUCACCAAACUCACGAGGAAAGCAUCCACCGCCCUGCACAGCAAACUCCUUAGCAAGGUUUUAUGCUGCCCCAUGAGCUUCUUUGACACAACCCCAACAGGCCGACUCCUGAACUGCUUUGCAGGGGACUUGGAUCAGCUGGACCAGUUAUUGCCCGUUGUUGCUGAAGAAUUCUUAGUCCUGUUUUUGAUGGUGGUCGCCAUCUUGUUGGUUGUCAGUGUGCUGUCUCCAUAUAUCCUGCUGAUGGGAAUCAUAUUAGUUACUGUUUGCCUUAUUUAUUAUAUGAAGUUUAAGAUGGCCAUCAACAUGUUCAAGAGACUGGAGAACUAUAGCCGCUCCCCUCUGCUCUCCCAUAUCCUCACUGCUCUGCAGGGCCUGAGCUCCAUCCAUGUCUAUGGAAAAACUGAAGACUUCAUCAGCAAGUUUAAGAGGCUGAGUGAUAUACAGAAUAACUACAUGCUGAUGUUCCUGUCUUCCUCGAGAUGGAUAGCACUGAGGCUGGAGACCAUGACCAACCUGCUGACCUUGACUGUGGCCUUGUUUGUGGCUUUUGGCAUUUCCUCUGCCCCAUAUUCCUAUAAAGCUAUGGCUAUCAGCCUCAUCCUGCAGCUGGCAUCCAACUUCCAGGCCACUGCCCGGGUUGGUUCAGAGACAGAGGCGUACUUCACUUCCGCAGAGAGGAUGCUGCAGUACAUGAAGAUGUGUGUCCCUGAGGCUCCUUUGCACAUAGAAGGCAUGAGCUGUCCUCCUGGGUGGCCACAGCAUGGAGAAAUCACAUUCCAGGAUUAUCAGAUGAAAUACAGAGACAACACACCCAUUAUCCUUAAUGGCAUCAACCUGACAAUUCAUGGCCAAGAAGUGGUGGGCAUCGUGGGAAGGACAGGCUCUGGGAAGUCCUCCUUGGGAGUGGCUCUCUUCCGCCUGGUGGAGCCUGCAGCAGGCCGGAUUCUCAUAGAUGGUGUGGACAUCAGCAGUAUUGCCCUGGAGGACCUGCGGUCCAGGUUCUCAGUUGUCCCUCAAGAUCCUGUCCUGCUUUCAGGAACCAUCAGAUUCAACCUAGACCCCUUUGACCGCUACACAGAUGAGCAGAUAUGGGAUGUCUUGGAGAGGACAUUCCUGAGCAUGACAAUCUCAAACUUACCCCAAGGACUGCAAGCAGAAGUUGUGGAAAGUGGCAGAAACUUCUCUGUGGGGGAGAGGCAGCUGCUCUGCAUUGCAAGAGCACUCCUUCGCAACUCCAAGAUCAUCCUUAUUGAUGAAGCCACAGCCUCCAUUGAUGUGGAAACCGAUACCCUGAUCCAGCACACAAUCCGUGAAGCCUUCCAGGGCUGCACAGUGCUGGUCAUUGCACACCGCAUCACCACUGUGCUCAAUUGUGACCGCAUCCUGGUCAUGAGCAACGGGAAGGUUGUAGAGUUUGACCGGCCUGAGGUCCUGCAGCAGAAGCCUGGGUCUGUGUUUGCUUCCCUGUUGGCAACAGCCAAUUCUUCACUGAGCUAAAGGGGACAGGUGACUGCGUGCAGGCUGAUGGCACAGCCAAGUGCAGCUGUGAGGCCUGCUGUCUAUGACCUUCUUGUGUAGAGAUGGCUACUUCUCUUGAAAGCAGGGCUGAAACAUGCUCAAGGGUGCUGGUAAUGGGACAGAAAAGAAGAUUGAGGGGAGCAAAACCUGGAAUAGGCCACUCUGUGGCUCCCCAGACCUGAGAACCCCCGCACACCAUUUGAGACCAUGUGGACAAAUCAUCAUGUGCCUCUUUUUAACUGAUAUGUUGAGUAAUUUCAUAAUAAUGUGAAACUUUAUUAUGGUUUCUGGAUCUGUGUGAAAAGUAUUGAAAAUGCUGUAUUGAUUUUGUAAAAAAAAAAAAAAACAACAAAAGAAAAAGUUA